AUGUAUAUUAUUUGUUAGAUGAUAAUUAAAUUAAAAAGAAAAAGAGAAAGAAAAAGAAAAAGAGAGGGGAAUCAUUUGAGGAUGAAGAAGUUAGAGGUAAGAAAACGAAAAGUAAAGGGUGAGGAGGUUGGACCUUGAGAGUGAUGAAGAUUACAAUACCAAAUACCAAUACCAACACUACCUCCACCAACAACAAUGCCAACCACACCAACAACAAUAACAUUAACAAUCACAACUCCCCGUACCAAUGGAAUCCUCCGUUUUCUUAUUUGCCUCUAUUACGCUUCCCUUUUCCCAUUUCAUCAUCACCAUCACCAUCACCAUCACCAUCCUCCUCCUCAUCAUCUCUCCCAAUAAUACUAAAAACCGCAUCCAAGUUGCUUUCUUUUCUCUAUUACCAUUUCCUCCCUCUCAUUCUCUCUCCCCAGAUCGUCCUUUUUCCAAUUUCUAGCUGAUUUUAAGGAUCAUGUUUGGAGGUAAUAACAGCAAUUCUGUGUUUCCAAUUUCCUUUGGAGAAAACCACUUCCAGGGUGAAGUUAAUGCAUUUCCUCAGCUGCAGUUAUUUGGAGAGAACCCAGUUGGAUGCAUUGGAGGUCCCAUAAAUUACUUAGGAAAUGAGCGCACAACUACCAUUGAGAGGCCUGCUAAAAGAGGAAGGGAGUCGGAAAUUAUUUCCGAAAAGCAAAAGCAUCAAAUAUCUUCGGAUGGUAAUUGCUGCCAAUUUGAAGCUGGUCAAUUUGGAAUCAUUCUGAAUCCUAAUCCUGUAUCAAUUGGACUGAAACUGUCAUACGAGGAAGAAGAGCAUAACGCUUCUGUCACCUGUGCAAGUGAUAAUAAGGCAGCUGUCAGUCCUAUGUUGGCUAUAGGCAUCAGUCUUAAGGCUGAGAUUGAUCGCCAACAACAAGAGUUUGAUCACCAAGUCAGACUUCAGGAAGACAAUAUGAGAAAGGGUAUGAGGGAAUUGGGAGAAAGACAAACAAUUUCUUUCUUAAGUGCCAUAGAAACGGGAAUUGGCAAGAAGCUACAUGAAAAAGAAGUUGAAAUACAAAACAUGAAUCGCAGGAACAAUGAACUAGUGGAAAGAAUAAAGCAAAUCAGCACAGAAGUUCAGUCAUGGCAAUGUAGAGCAAAGUACAAUGAAUCUGUAGUUAAUGCUUUGAAGAGUAAUCUGAAGCAGGUCUUGGCACAGGGUGUCAUCCAAAGAAAGGAAGGCUGCGGGGACAGUGAGGUAGAUAGCGCAGCCUCUUAUGCUUACGAGAACCACUGGAGCAUCCUGGAAGCAAAUUCAGUAACCUUUAAAAGGCAGAUGGUUUGUAGAGCUUGCAAGACAAAGGAAGCCUCUAUCCUGUUACUGCCAUGCAGACACUUGUGCCUGUGUAAAGAUUGUGCAGGGUCCGUAGAUGCUUGCCCAAUCUGCCAGAUUUUGAAAACUGCAGGUGUUGAAGUAUUUACAUCAUAACUAUGCGAGUAACCUUUAAGAUGGAAGGGAUGGGUAUAAAUUAAUGAUCACUGGUUCCUAUGAUGUUGUGCAUGAACAUACGAAUGAGCUUGAUCUCAUUUACUUGCCAUGGUGUUAUAUUUUGUUACCUCUUUCGUGGGAAGAACUUGCUGUAAAACUGACAGAGAAAAAAUUGGAAGAUGCGGAGGAAUUGUAAUUAAUAGUGAGAAUUUUUUUCAUAUGAUCUGUAAGCAGCGUGUUUUCAUCAAUUUUUUGACGUCUUGCAUAAUUCAGUUGGAAGGAAAUGGGUGGUGGGAUCUGUUUUUAGCUCUUGAACAUUUACUUUAUUAUUGGAUCAGCAGACAUUCUCUUCUCAA